UCCCUUGUUGCUGUACACCAUCAGGAGUCCAGCCUGAAGAAAGACACAGAGGAGAGUGAGCCAGAACCUCUCUACAGCCACAACCAUGAAUCCAGCUGCCAUUGCCUUUCUCACCUGCCUGUUUGUCUUCAGUGCACAAGGGCUACCAGCCAACAGAUCUAAUAAGUGCAAGUGUUUAGACGGUUACAUCGAACACAUCAGGCCACAGUCCAUCAAGGCAGUACGGGCUGUACACCUCCCAAAUAUCUUCUGUCUACAUACAGAGAUUAUUAUUACAACAACAGCAAAUAAGGACAAAUGUGUGGAUCCAAAGUCUAAAAUCGGAAAACUCAUUCUGAAUAACAUGAACAAGCAGAAGAAGAAUGGAGCCAUGAGCACAACGACGGCUUCAAGCUCAACAAGACUCUACACAACAUCCAGGCUGUAAGUCUCUGCACUGAAGAGGAAGUCAAAUACUGCUGUUGUCAUAGAAGGAGUUGUUCAUCACCGUUGGACUCCGUCCAUAUCAUCUACCGAGAGAGAUCCCGCACGUCAUCAUCGGUGUCGUACAUCCCUCCCUCUGCAAACCCAACAUCCUGCUAUGUGCCUCUGGUGAAGAGGAAGCCGGCGACCACUUUACACUUGCCAUUUUUGCACAUUAGAAAGUGGGACUUUAAAUUAAACUAUAUAUAUAUUAUUAAUAUAUGUAUGUCUAUUUCAUAUGGAGUAUGUAACAAAAGUAAUUUCCCCCUGGGAUUAUUAAAG